AUGGAGGUGCCCCGCGUGCACAGCCGGCGCUCGGGCACUCCGUCCACGGGAGGCCGCACGCCCCGGCCGGAGGCGCCCGAGGCGGAGCUCGCGGCCGACGGCGACAGCGGCGAUGGCAAGGCGCGCGGGUGGCGCAGCGCCCACACCCAGGUGGUGAUCGUGGGCUUCCUUGCGUUCUGCGGCCCAGGCCUUUUCAACGCUCUCACGGGCCUCGGCGGUGCUGGGUCCAGCGACCCGACGGUCGCGGCCAUCGCGAACGGCUGCCUCUACUGCACCUUCGCGGCGAGCAGCUAUUUUGCGGGCGCGGCCUUCAACCUGCUGGGCCCCGUGCCGCUGUUCGUCGUCGGCGGCCUCACGUACGCCGCCUACGCCGCGUGCGUGUACUUCUCCGCGCAGCACGGGUUCCUCGCCGCUGUCGGCGGCGUGCUGCUCGGCGUGGGCGCGGGGCUGUUCUGGACGGCGCAGGGGGCCCUGAUGAUGGCCUACGCCACGCCGCAGUCGCGCGGGCGCCUCAUCGGACUCUUCUGGAUCAUCUUCAACCUGGGCGGCGUUGCGGGGGGGCUGCUCGAAUUCGGGCUGAACUACAGCAACGAGGCCGGGAGCGCCAGCGCCGCCUCGUACUUCUCGUUCAUCGCCGCCAUGCUGGCGGGGGCGCUUCUGUCGCCGUUCCUGCUGGCGCGUCCCUCUCAGGUGGUCCGUGAGGAUGGGAGUUCGGUGGCUUUCGAGCAGGCCCGGUCGCCAAAGGAGGAGCUGAUCGCGGCCGUGGAGGCCUUCAGUGAUCCAUUCGUGAGGCGCAACUUGCUGUUCUGGUUCGCCUCCAACUGGUUCUACACCUACGACUUCAACGGCUUCAAUGGCACGCAGUUCAACGUGCGCACGCGGGGGCUCAACUCGGCGGUGUUCUGGGCGGCGCAAAUGCUGGCCGCGUGGGCCUUUGGCACGGUGCUGGACGGCCCGCAGACGCCAGCCAAGAGGGCCGUUUGGGGCAUGACGCUCGUCGCCGCCGCGCUUGUGGUAUCACUGGUGCCGGCCAUCUGGCUGAACUACGCCAGCAGUUGCGGUGUCGGCUACGGUUUCGAUAAAGAUGCCCCAUGCUCGCUGGACUUCCUCUCCGACGCCCAGGCCAGCGCCGCGCCCAUGCUGGUGUUUGCGCUGCUGGGGGCCGCGGAUGCCAUGUACCAGAACUACGCCUACUGGCUGAUGUCCAUGGCAUCCGGUGGCGACGUCCGAAGAAUGGUCCAGUACUCGGCAGCGUACAAAGGCACGCAGUCCCUGGGGGCCGGCGUGGCGUGGCUGAGCGACCUCGGCGGCGGCUUCCCGUACCGCUCGCAGGGCGUGGUGGCGCUGACGCUGACGCUGAUGGCGUGCGCACCGGUGGUGCCCACGUUCGCCCUGCUGGAUGGUGCCGCGGGCAAGGCGGAGCGGCGCCCCGACGCGUCCUAUGGGUCGCCGACGACCGUCGGCUACUCCGAGUGCUGA